AUGUCCAGAGGCUCGAGCAGCCUCCUGCCCGCAGGCCAGCAGCCCUGCCCGGCUGACAGGAUGACGGAGAAGCCCAAGAAGGCGAGCAGAAAGUUCAAGUUCUUCAAGUUCAAGGGCUUUGGGAGUCUCUCCAACCUCCCCCGGGCCUUCACUCUGAGACGGUCCUUGGCUCCCGCCACUCUCCGGCCGAACCUAACGCCCGAAAUCUUCGAGGCCACGCAGGACGACAUGGUGACUGUCCCCAAGAGCCCCCCGGCGUACGCCCGGUCCAGCGACAUGUACAGCCACAUGGGCACCAUGCCUCGGCCCAGCUUCAAGAAGUCUCAGAACCCAAAGGCCGCCAGGGAGAACGGGGAGGCCGGCCCUGAGCCCCACCCCGAGCCCCGAGGCCUGCCUGACCCCCCAGGCCUGCCUGACCCCCCAGGCCUGCCUGACCCCCCAGGCCUGCCUGACCCCCCAGGACUGCCUGACCCUCCAGGCCUGCCUGACCCCCCAGGCCUGCCUGACCCUCCAGGCCUGCCUGACCCCCCAGGCCUGCCUGAGCCCCCAGGCCUGCCUGACCCCCCAAGCCUGCCUGACCCCCCAGGCCUGCCUGACCCUCCAGGCCUGCCUGAGCCCCCAGGCAUGGAGGCAGCCGAAGAGGAGGCGGGGGAGACCGGAGCCCCCCCGGAGGACACAGAGGUGAAACCCAGCCCUUCAGCAGUGGAGGCCAGCCCCGCGAGAGAGCCUGAGGGCCUCGGGGCAGACACAGAAGAGGAGACAGAUCCCAGGAAUGCACCCCCAGACAGGGCUGCUGGAGAGCCGGAGGCCGGCGGGGACUACGUGAAGUUUUCCAAGGAGAAGUACAUCUUGGACUCGUCGCCUGAGAAGCUGCACAAGGAGCUGGAGGAAGAGCUCAAACUCAGCAGCACAGACCUCCGCAGCCACGCCUGGUACCAUGGCCGCAUCCCCCGGGAGGUGUCGGAGACCCUGGUGCAGCGCAACGGCGACUUUCUCAUCCGGGACUCGCUCACCAGCCUGGGUGACUACGUGCUCACGUGCCGCUGGCGCAACCAGGCCUUGCACUUCAAGAUCAACAAGGUGGUGGUGAAGGCGGGCGAGAGCUACACCCACAUCCAGUACCUGUUCGAGCAGGAGAGCUUCGACCACGUGCCCGCCCUGGUGCGCUACCACGUGGGCAGCCGCAAGGCCGUGUCGGAGCAGAGCGGCGCCAUCAUCUACUGCCCCGUGAACCGCACCUUCCCGCUGCGCUACCUGGAGGCCUGCUACGGCCUGGGCCAGGGCGCGGGCAAGGCGGCCGGCCCCGCCAGCCCCGCCGGCCCCAAGGGCAGCCACAUGAAGCGGCGCAGCAUCACCAUGACCGACGGGCUCACCGCCGACAAGGUCACCCGCGGCGACGGCUGCCCCACCAGCACGUCCCUGCCCCACCCCCGGGAGUCCAUCCGCAGCUGUGCGCUCAGCAUGGACCAGAUCCCAGACCUGCACUCGCCCAUGCCCCCCAUCUCCGAGAGCCCCAGCUCCCCCGCCUACAGCACCGUGACCCGUGCUCACGCUGCCCCCACAGCCCCCACAGCCACCGUGCUGCCCGCCUCCCCGGUCACCCGCCGCUGCAGCGAACCCCAGCUAUGCCCCGGAAGUGCCCCAAAGCCCCCCGGAGAGCUGGACAAGGGCCCUCACGCCAGUCCUUCCCACACCCUCGGCAAAGCCUCCCCAUCCCCGUCGCUCAGCAGCUACAGCGACCCGGACUCCGGCCAUUACUGCCAGCUGCAGCCUCCGGUCCGUGGCAGCCGCGAGUGGGCAGCAGCCGAGGCCUCCGGCCGGCAGGCCAAGAGCCAGGGAGAGCGGCUGAAGGAACUGUCAGAGAAUGAGACCCCCGACGGGGCCUUCACAGUCCCCAUCAUAGAAGCCACCUCCUCCUUCAACCCGGCCACGUUCCAGUCACAGCUCAUCCCCAAGGAUAACCGGCCGCUGGAGGUGGGCCUCCUGCGCAAGGUCAAGGAGCUGCUGGCCGAGGUGGACGCCCGGACGCUGGCUCAGCACGUCACCAAGGUUGACUGCCUGGUUGCUAGGAUACUGGGCGUUACCAAGGAGAUGCAGACCCUAAUGGGAGUCCGCUGGGGCAUGGAGCUGCUCACCCUCCCCCAUGGCCGGCAGCUACGACUAGACCUGCUGGAAAGGUUCCACACCAUGUCCAUCAUGCUGGCUGUGGACAUCCUGGGCUGCACGGGCUCCGCGGAGGAGCGGGCCGCGCUUCUGCACAAGACCAUCCAGCUGGCCGCGGAGCUCCGGGGCACCAUGGGCAACAUGUUCAGUUUCGCCGCGGUCAUGGGCGCCCUGGAUAUGGCCCAGAUUGCCCGGCUGGAGCAGACAUGGAUGACCCUGCGACAGCGACACACGGAGGGUGCCAUCCUCUACGAGAAGAAGCUCAAGCCGUUUCUCAAGAGCCUCAACGAGGGCAAAGAAGGCCCGCCGCUGAGCAACACCACGUUUCCUCACGUGCUGCCGCUCAUCACUCUGCUCGAGUGCGACGCGACCCUGGCCGAGGGACCCGAGCCCUGGGGCAGCACGGAGCACGGCGUGGAGGUGGUGCUGGCGCACCUGCAGGCGGCCCGCACCGUGGCGCACCACGGAGGCCUGUACCACACCAACGCCGAGGUCAAGCUGCAGGGGUUCCAGGCCCGGGCCGAGCUCCUGGAGGUGUUCAGCACGGAGUUCCAGAUGCGCCUCCUCUGGGGCAGCCAGGGCGCCAGCAGCAGCCAGGCCCGGCGCUACGAGAAGUUUGACAAGGUCCUCACCGCCCUGUCCCACAAACUGGAGCCUGCCGUCCGCUCCAGCGAGCUGUGA